AUGCCGAAUACACCAGUUGGCUGCAGUUUCGUUUCUGGUGGAUCGAAAAUUUUUAUCAGGUAUAUGGAAGAUUUUGGAGAAGUAAGCGCUGAUAUGCUUGUAUGA